CCGCAACUUUCGAUGACGCAGCAAUGACCAAGGUUCUGACUGAGCAGGGUGCUAAAGCCUAUAUAAUUAGAGUGCAGACGAGCCAUUGCUCGUCCAAUUCCUUAAGGUGGCCCCUUUAUUGCACAGCGCCCUAUUUGUUGCGAAAUUUACAACAUCGCAAUCCUUAGUGCGCGCACAGGCAUCGCAGCGGCUCUUUCAGGUAAUGCCCUGCCAACUUGAAUGUGCCAUGAUAGGCUCAUAGGUCACCUCAGUAUCUGAUCUUCUCUUGUUCCCACACCCCAGAUAUCAAGAUCAUUCUCGAAUACUAGCACUAAGAUGGCACCACUCAAUAAACUGCAGGAGAGAUACGACUACAUCUGCAUCGGUGGUGGAAGCGGAGGAGUCGCAUCAUCGCGUCGCGCUGCAUCUUAUGGCAAGAAAGUUGCUCUCAUCGAAUCGUCACCGCAUCUGGGUGGUACUUGCGUGAAUGUUGGCUGCGUUCCCAAAAAAAUCAUGUGGCAUGCGGCUGACCUUGCAGACCGUCUGCGCCAUGCAAGCAAAGGGUACCAUUUCGAAAAUGUCCCACCGCCCCAAUUCAACUGGGCAUCCUUCAAACCGCAGCGUGAUGCCUACAUUCGCCGGUUGAAUGGCAUAUAUGAGAAGAACCUCGAGAAAGAAAAGGUGGACUACUAUGGUGGCGCUGCGCGUCUAGUCUCGCCCAACGAGGUUCAGAUCACGCCGUCCGACGGUAGCGAGCCAUACAUCAUAGCAGGUGAUUACAUCACCGUUGCCACUGGAGGUCGCCCUACCAUACCAAGUGACGACCAGAUCCCCGGCGCGAGUCUUGGAAUCGAUUCUGAUGGCUUCUUUGACCUUGAGGACCAACCCAAGCGCGUGGCUGUCGUCGGCGCAGGAUACAUCGCUGUUGAGCUCGCCGGUGUACUUCAUACACUAGGUAGUGAGACACAUGUUCUCAUCAGGCGCGAACGCGUUCUCCGCACUUUUGAUCCUAUCCUCCAGGAUACACUUACACCUUGGAUGGAGCACACUGGAAUCAAGAUCCACAAGAAUACAUCGGUCAUCAAAGUUGAAGGCCAGAAGGGUGGUGAAUUGACUGUGCACCUCAACGAUGGCACACAACUCAAGGUGGACUGUGUGCUGUGGGCUAUUGGACGGCACGCAAACACUGAGGGUGUGGGUCUCGAAGAGCUUGGGAUCCAGCUCGACAAGAAGGGCGAUGUAGUUGUGGAUGAAUUCCAGAAGGCCCUGUUUGUAGAGGGCAAGCCUCAGCUACAGAAUAUAUUUGCGAUCGGCGAUGUCCAGGGCAAGGCGCUCUUGACUCCUGUCGCUAUCGCAGCAGGUCGGCGACUAUCAAAUAGGCUGUUCGGGCCUGAGAAAUUCAAGAACGACAAAUUGUUGUAUGAGGAUAUCCCAACGGUCGUUUUCUCUCACCCCACCAUUGGCACGGUAGGCCUAACGGAGCCCGAAGCUCGCCAGAAGUAUGGGUCUGCUGUUAAGAUCUACAAAUCCUCUUUUCGUUCACUUUACUUCUCUCAAAUUGAGGAAGAGCACAAGGAGCCUACCGUGUACAAGCUUAUUGUUGUUGGCGAAGAAGAACGUGUAGUCGGUGUACAUAUUAUUGGACAAGGAAGCGACGAGGUAAUGCAAGGUUUUGCAGUGGCCGUCAAGAUGGGAGCCCGGAAACAGGACCUAGAUGACACGGUUGCUAUCCAUCCAACAUCUGCUGAAGGUGAAUGGGCUCCAUCAUUUGAUAGAUUUGACAUGCUGACGGAUGUGCGUAGAACUGGUCACCCUUCGUUAAGCCAGGCACGCUGGUGGGAUUCGGCCAUCAUAUAGCAUAGCAUAAAGUCAGGUGUACUUUUAGAAUACAAAUUUUAGGAGCUGAAGCCGAAGCUUAUCGACGAGAAGAAAGAAAUGACUCAGAUGAGGGGACUCAGUCUCUGGCCGUGCCACACCUACCAGGCAUUUUCAAAACUCCGAAGAGUAUCCACUGCCAAGUCCCAAAAAAGUCCAGUGUUGUAUUGUCUCGAAACGAUCUACUCCAUUGUCCAA